AUGGUUCCUAUUCCUGGCGACACCGAGUCGCUCCCCGUUCGCUCUGCGGCCAGCGAGCAGACGAGAUACCCUGCUCCCCUCCAGCUCAGCGGCGCAUUAGACAAGUUUGAAUUUGAUGAAACCACCCCUAUCAUCGGCCGUGAGUUUCCAACAGUGAACAUCGUCGACGAUCUUUUGAAUGCCCCGAAUUCAGACGAACUAGUACGGGACCUUGCCAUCACAAGUAUGUUUCCCAAGCCUCUUCCAGUACCUAAGCACUUUACUAAUAUCUCCCAUCUUUCAGUCUCCCAAAGAGGUGUCGUCUUCUUCCGUGCCCAAAACAACCUCACCGAUGCCCUGCAGAAGCAGCUCGUGCACCGACUAGGUCAACUAGCCGGUAAGCCUGCAGACUCAACUCUACACAUCCACCCAGUCCUCAACAACACCAACGAAUUCGGUGUAGCCGAUGCCGAAGUCAGCACUAUUAGCUCUCUCGCGCGCAAGAAGAUGCAUUUCCACGGCAAGCAAAGCAACAAGCGUCGCUACGACUCCGCGCAAUGGCACUCUGAUAUCCAAUUCGAGCCCGCGCCAGCCGAUUAUACUUCGCUGCGUCUGACCCAGCUUCCAAAGACUGGUGGUGAUACUCUCUGGGCCUCGGGGUACGAGAUGUAUGACCGAUUCUCGAAGCCUUAUCAGAAGUUCUUCGAGGGCCUCACAGCUACUUAUAGUGGAGAUGGCUUCCUGAAUGCUGCUGCUGCUGAUCCAGAGAAGGUCUACAUCUAUACUGAGCCUCGGGGUAACCCACUGAAUAUUGGAGGAGGAUUAACUACUGUUCAUCCUAUUGUGCGGACCAACCCAGUAACUGGUUGGAACAGUAUCUAUGCUGUUGGACCGUUCCCCAAAACUAUCAAUGAGUUGAAUGCAGAGGAGUCGGAGGAGCUUCUUAAGAAGUUCUAUCGGGUUAUUAUUGAGAACCACGACCUCACCGUGAGAUUCAAGUGGAAGAAUGAGAAUGAUAUUGCUAUUUGGGACAACCGAUCCGCUUUUCAUACUGCCACAUUUGACUAUGAAGGUCUUGGAGAGCGAUUUGGUCAUCGUGCUGUUGGCAUCGGCGAGAAGCCUUACCUCGACCCCAAUGGUGCAUCAAGGACGGAGACACUGCUUGCUCAAGAUGCUUAA